UCUACACACCACAGCAUCCGCAACCCCCUCACGUCCCACACCAAGCCCCACGCUCGAACCACCACCACCACCAGCACCCAUGGCACCCAAGGCAGCGGAGAAGAAGCCGGCGGCGGCCACGGCCGAGAAGACCACCGCGGGGAAGAAGCCCAAGGCGGAGAAGCGGGCGCCGGCGUCCAAGGAGGCCGGCGGCGAGGGGAAGACGAGGGGCAGGAAGAAGGGCAGCAAGGCCAAGAAGGGUGUGGAGACGUACAAGAUCUACAUCUUCAAGGUGCUCAAGCAGGUGCACCCGGACAUCGGCAUCUCCUCCAAGGCCAUGUCCAUCAUGAACUCCUUCAUCAACGACAUCUUCGAGAAGCUCGCCGGCGAGUCCGCCAAGCUCGCCCGCUACAACAAGAAGCCCACCAUCACGUCCCGGGAGAUCCAGACCUCCGUCCGCCUCGUCCUCCCCGGCGAGCUCGCCAAGCACGCCGUCUCUGAGGGCACUAAGGCCGUCACCAAGUUCACCUCAUCCUAGGCUUCAUCGUCUGUGUCAUGAGCUGAUGGUGGCAGGCGUCUGUAAGAAUUGUGCUGCUUGCGGACUUGAAGAAAUAGUGAUGUUGCUGUUUGAAUCAAUGUUCGUCUGUGCUUGCGUGUCGCUUCAGAGUUCAGACUCUUCUUGAUGCCAUUUGUUUAUGUCAGCAAGUUUCUCCUAUGAUGGUUUGUCUAAUUUAAUUUGCUGUCAUUUUAUCUA